UAAUCAUCUUCAACUCUUCACUUCUUCUCUCAACUCAAAACAAAAACAAAAUGGCAAUGGCAGCCACCACAUCCCUAUCAUUCUUCUCCUCAUCAUCACUCUUCAACUCUUCAAAGUUUCAAUCUUUCACAAAACCCAAUUCUUCAAACUCCCAAAUUUCCAAUCUUUCACUCUCAAUCUCAUGCCAAGUUGCCACCCUCCCAAUCCUAUCGUUCACCGGAGAAAAAAUUGGAGAAACUUAUCUAGACCUGAAAACAGCACCCCCAGACACCGCCCGUGCAGUAGUUCACCGUGCAAUCAUCACUGACCAGCAGAACAAACGCCGUGGCACUGCUUCAACAUUAACCAGAGGUGAAGUUCGAGGUGGUGGCAAGAAACCCUAUCCACAGAAGAAAACUGGCCGUGCUCGACAAGGGUCUACUCGAACGCCGCUUAGACCCGGUGGCGGGGUUGUGUUUGGUCCUAAACCAAGAGAUUGGUCUAUAAAGAUCAAUAAAAAGGAGAAAAGGUUGGCUAUUUCUACUGCAUUGUAUAGUGCUACUGAGAAUAUGGUUUGUGUUGAGGAAUUUGGUGAGAAGUUUGAGAAACCGAAGACGAGGGAGUUUAUUGAAGCUAUGAAGAGAUGGGGAUUGGACCCUAAGGAGAAAGUUAUGUUUUUGAUGAUGGAUAUUAGUGAUAAUGUGGGGUUGUCUAGUAGAAAUAUUGGGACUUUGAGAUUGUUGACUCCUAGGACUUUGAAUUUGUUUGAUAUCUUGAAUUCUGAUAAGCUUGUGCUUUCUCCUGAUGCUGUUGAUUUCUUGAAUGGGAGAUAUGGGGUUGAUGUUGAUAUUGAAGUUGAUAAUGAGGAUGAUGAUGAAGAGGAGGUGGGAGAAUCUGAACCAGAGGAAGCGCAAGAUGGCAGUCAAGAGUGAUGAUGCAGAAUUUGUAGCCACCUUGAUGUAGGAUCCUUAGAAUCUGGAGAGAACUUCUGUUGUGGUUGAACAAGCAAAUUUUUGUUUAAUUUGCAGGCUGCAGCAGAAUUGUAAGGCAUGAUAUAUUUAAGUAUAUUUUCUAUGUAUUGUAUUUUUUUUGUAUCAAUUGGCACAUUCUUCUCGUUGAAUUUGUAUGUAGUUAAAUCAUUCAUUUCCCUCUUCUUAUUAA